UUAAAAAUGUUUUUUUGUUUUUUGUUUUCUGUUUCCACUGUUGUUCCUGCUUUGGAUAACUUAUUGUGCCAUGUAACAUUUUGCAACAUAUGAAAUAUUUCUUCUAAAAUUUAACAAUUCUCAGAACUAACCAGAUGUUCAAAAUAAAAUAUCAUUUUGAUAGUACUGCAUUACUUUUGGAAACAACUUAAAACCACAAAUAAAAGUCAUUUGCAACAGGAAAUUCCUACAUGUGCUAAAAAUAAUAUUCUCCCAUCUUAGAGCACUUAAUUUUUAACCAAUAAUGGCUUUAACAUUGUCAAAAAAUGGUGCAACACUUUUGUUUCUAAUACAGCAUUUUAAUUUUAACCUGGUUAUUCUCAUAGUGUUGAAAUAUGUCUGUGGAAACUGUCCUUACAUUCAUGAGGACAUUAUUAUUCAUGAAUUCCUUUCUUUUUCACUAAUUUAGUGCCUUACAUGUUUUCCAAUCAGUAUUAUUGUGCUAUUAUUGUAAAUAAAAAACAUUUAUUCUAUCAUGAAACACUUAUUUCAAGCUCUAUGGAAGUUAGUACCAGAUUUUACAUUAUUCAACUGCAAAUGAGGAGUAUCCCUCACCCUGCACCCCACACGGUGUCACUGGACUAGCAAUGUCGUCAGCACAUGACACACACUCUUGAUCAAGACCUUCAGGGCAGUUUCAUCCACAUUGUAGCUGACACUACUCAGCUGCAGACAUGAACAACCAAGGCGUGACUUAUGCGGAACUCCAUCAUGCUAAGGGCUCAAAAAGACAGCAAGUGCAACCUAAGGGCACGAAAAGUUCCAUUUCAGUAACCGAGGAGGAGAUAACCUAUGCAGAAUUGAAUCUUCAAAAUGCUUCUCGGGACCUUCAAGGGAAUGGCAAGAACUCUCCCUGCAAAGGCAUCCUUUCUCAGUGUUUGCCUUUCUCUUCCUACUACUCACCAUCAUGUCCAGAGAAGCUCAUUGCUGGUAUCUUAGGAAUCCUCUGCCUCAUCUUGAUGUCCACUGUGGUAAAAAUAGCUGUUAUCCCCUCUACUGAAGGACCAGAACAGAACAAAACAUCCCUGGAAACAAGGAUCCACAAAGCGUGUCUCUGUUGUCAUUGUCUGAAAGAGUGGGUUACGUAUUCCAACAACUGCUAUUAUAUUAGCACUGAGGAAAAAUCAUGGAACGAGAGUUUGACGUCUUGUGCUUCUAAGAAUUCUACCCUGCUCUACUAUGAUCAUGAAGAGGAUGAGCCCUUAAAAGGCCUCAAAUGAGAAUUGAGCAACCCAGGGGGACAAAGGUAUGAGUCAGAAUUAACGCAGGAGACAGAAACAAGGGGAAGUUGAGGUAAACAGUUACUAUCUGCUUGGAAGGGAAAGUUUACGAAGAGGAAAGCCUACUAAAAUAAAGAAAAUUACAAAUAAUAUCAUAGAAUUAAAGGACGGAUCACUGAAGCCAGGUCUACUCUCUGAAGAUGGGAUUCAGAUGCCAUUGAAGACGAUGUGGCUACACACAGCUUCACGGCUGACACGCUCACUGAAAUGGCCUGGGACAGAGCAGCUCCACACUCCACGGCCUGAACCUGGUGAGGAAGGAUCUCAGGCUGUGACUGGCAAACAGGAACAACUCCCUGUUAGAGCAUCAGGAGAAAAGGCCAGAAGGCAGGAAACUGACAGAUUGGUAUAAGAACUUGCUGGAGGACGAAUACACAGGACUUCUUGCAAGCAUGCACCUCGCAACAAAGCCAUAGUGGCCAAAGGAGAGAAAAUAUCAUGAGACCAGGAAGAAGAGCCCUUUCUGCUGCACUGUCUCUCCAUUGUCUCUUACUGACAAAAGUCAAUUUCAUGUGAGAUGACCAGAGAGAAAAUGGAUAGGAUCUUACACCGUUAUCUGAGAACAGGGCACUGAGGGUGGAUUUGGAGAUGAGAGUACUAAAUGAACGGCCCCUCGGGGUUAACAUGGAACAACCACAGAGUUGGUGUAUAAGAGCCAUUCAGAUCGGCCCCACUUCCUCUGAAAAUGGAACCAAAGUGUACUCUCCCAAUCUGUCUUGGUGUCACACGAUCAAAGGUUACACUCAUUUCAAGGUAGAAAUUGGUUUCUAAUUGGAUAAUAACCAGUGUCUUAUAUGUUGUUUUCUUCACCUGGGUUCAGAUAUUUUGGAAGAGAUUUAGUUUUUUUUAAUGUUUUUAUGCACACACUUCUCACAGUCUUUACAACAAUGCAAAAAAAAUAAAAUGCUAAAUAAUGGAGAAAACAAAAAAUUAAAAUCGACAGAUAUUUGCAUGGGUCCAACAGCUAGUUAUUGCCAGAAUUCAAGAUAAACUUGAGUAAGUUGAUAAUGACUCAGAGAUAUUUCCAGCCCAAAUCACUUACAAGAAGGAGAGAGUUUAAACUCGAUAAUUACUUGCAAAAGAAAUUCAUAUUUCAUAUAUACUUUUGUUUGUGGAGAUAGAUAUAUUCUUUAUUUUCUCUGUACAGAAUCCUUAUGCUCUUCUAGAAAAAUUAUAUGAACAUUCAAUAUGAAUAAUUGUUAAUGGUAGCUGUAACUAAUUACUAAAGUUGUGUUUCAUACAACCCAAGAUUACAAUGACAUUGAAAAUUAAGCAUUUAUUUUUCUUUCACCUGUUUGUGGUUGGGCUAUGAUAGGGUUGAUUGAGGCUGGGCGUGCAUGCACUUGACUGCAGACUACAUACAGAUUCAGCUCAGAUCUCUUUAUAGGUUUCAUUCUUAGAGGACCAGGCUACAUGGUAUAUGAUCUUUUAUACCAGAGGUAACAGCUAGCAGAAAUGGGUUUCUUAUUGCCCGGUCUCUGAAUUCAUAAGAUAUCACAUUCCCACUCACAUUAUAUUGUGAAAACAAGUGAUCACAUCCUUACAUUAUAUUGUGAAAACAAAUCACAUGGGCCAACUUCUCAUGGUUGUCUGUAGAGUAUACUCUUUUCAAAGUGGUCAGAGGGAAAAAAUGUAGAUUCACUGAAAAUAACCUAAUCUAACAUUGUAGCCAUAGGGAUUUUUUUUAUUACAUUUCAUGAGAUAGAUAAGCUUGUAAAAGAAAAUUACCGGGAAAUAGAUUUAAAAUUUAGUACUCUCUUCCCUUCCCAUCUGGAUUUUUUGCUUCUGUGCCCAAAAUCCUUGUAAAGCAGUUUUGUACAGUGCCAAACAUGGGGGUUUAGAUGCUUUCACCAUGGUCCUUGAUCAAAUAAGGUAUAAGCAGAAUGAAAUACAGUCUAAGGACAUUGGCAGUGAAACUGGUCACUUCAUGUAAUUUCUAAGUGCACACUCUUAGCCCUGGGGCUCAGUUACAGAACUGCUCUGUCUCAGGUUCCUCUGAAGGAAAAUAUGAUAAAAAGAGGAUCUUGUUCAUAGUUACUCGAAGAUUAUUUGAACAGUACUUCUUGGCCCAUAAGUAUUCACUCUCUCUCAGGUAUUUCGGCUUAAGAUCUUGAAGCUUUUGUGCCAUCACCUGUGUUGUGAUAAUCUGAAUUAUAACACUUUCAUAGGAUGUUCUGAGGAACAGAUAAUAAUAAAUAACAUAAUGCCUACAGAUCCUUAAAAUAAAGCCCAAGCUCAUGAAGGUCGUGCUGUCUGUGAUCUCUUCAUAUUUUGCUUUUCCCAAUGUUCAAUAAAGGGCAUUUUCCAAUAAAA